AGCAGGAACAGCAGCCGGAGGAGUUAUGCGCUAGAGCAAAAGCCGACGCCAGGAGCAGUCGAUGAAUCGUUAGGACAAUCUAAUCUCAGCAUCAGUCACGAAACCACAAUGAGCUUCCUGCAGCCACAGCACGCACUGUCGAGGGCGAGGGUCCCUGUCCCUGCUGUUGGCGGCACCCUGCUGGUCUACGGCCUGGGGCUUCUAAUUAUGCUGCCAGCCUGCACGGCUGGCCCCCAUGAAAAGCGUUUGCUGCACGCCCUACUGGACAACUACAAUAGCUUGGAACGGCCGGUGGUCAAUGAAUCCGAUCCACUGCAACUGAGUUUCGGACUAACUCUCAUGCAGAUAAUCGAUGUGGAUGAAAAGAAUCAAUUGCUAAUAACAAAUAUUUGGCUGAAACUGGAAUGGAAUGACAUGAAUCUGCGCUGGAAUUCGAGUGAAUUUGGAGGCGUAAGGGACCUGCGGAUUCCGCCACAUAGGCUAUGGAAGCCGGAUGUGCUGAUGUACAACAGUGCCGAUGAGGGCUUUGACGGCACAUAUGCCACAAAUGUGGUGGUCCGCAAUAAUGGUAGCUGCCUGUACGUGCCACCGGGCAUUUUCAAAUCCACAUGCAAGAUAGACAUCACGUGGUUUCCAUUCGACGAUCAGAGAUGUGAAAUGAAGUUUGGCUCGUGGACCUAUGAUGGUUUUCAGUUGGACCUGCAGUUGCAGGACGAGGCAGGUGGCGACAUUUCAAGCUUUAUAACCAACGGCGAAUGGGACCUGUUAGGUGUGCCCGGUAAACGAAAUGAAAUCUACUAUAAUUGCUGCCCAGAACCUUAUAUUGACAUAACAUUCGCCAUUUUGAUAAGACGCAAAACUUUGUACUAUUUUUUCAAUCUGAUUGUGCCGUGCGUACUGAUCGCCUCCAUGGCACUGCUAGGGUUUACACUACCACCAGAUUCUGGUGAAAAGCUAUCGCUUGGAGUUACUAUUUUACUAUCGCUUACAGUCUUCCUUAACAUGGUGGCGGAAACAAUGCCGGCGACCUCCGAUGCAGUGCCGCUGCUCGGAACUUAUUUCAAUUGCAUUAUGUUUAUGGUGGCCUCAUCAGUUGUGUCAACCAUACUUAUCCUCAAUUAUCAUCAUAGAAAUCCAGAUACGCAUGAAAUGAGUGAAUGGAUAAGAGUAAUAUUCCUUUAUUGGUUACCUUGCAUAUUGCGCAUGCAAAGACCCGGACAGGUUGGCUAUGAAUGCCCGCCGCCGCCCUCUUCGUCGAGUUCAUCGAAUGCCGGCGACAAAAAGCAACAGAUACAGAACGUUGAGCUCAAGGAGAGAUCCUCGAAAUCCCUGCUGGCGAAUGUUUUAGAUAUAGACGAUGAUUUUCGCUGCAACCAUCGCUGUGCCAGCGCCACUUUGCCGCACCAGCCCACAUAUUUCAGGACGUUGUACAGGCAGGGGGAUGACGGCAGCGUGGGACCCGUGGGCCCCGUGGGACCUGUUGCCGAGGCGCGCAUGCACGAGGCCAUCUCUCACACCUGCCUGAGCUCCUCGGCUGAGUACGAGCUGGCGCUGAUACUCAAGGAACUCCGCUGGAUAACAGAUCAGCUUAAAAAGGAGGACGAGACGGGCGACAUAACACGAGAUUGGAAGUUUGCAGCCAUGGUCGUCGACCGCCUGUGCCUUAUUAUUUUCACGUUAUUUACUAUUAUUGCAACCCUAGCGGUACUCUUCUCAGCACCACAUUUCAUUUUCCCGUAAGUGGAAGCGGAA